UGAAAUGUUAAGCGGAGGAGUUGUGUUUGCGGUUGUUUUUUUUUAACGGUUUGUUGUUAUAAUUUGAAAUACCGUGAAUAAUUUCAUAACAACUGUGUGUGAACUGAAAUAAAUAUUAUUGUUGUGGAAUUAAAAGUGACAUAGCGACAAUGGCGACCCAACCAGAAGUCGGUGUGUCCGACUUUGUCCUGCUGGACAAUCUCACGACAGACAAGUUUAUAGAAAAUUUGCAUUUGAGGUUUCAACACAACAAAAUCUACACGUACAUCGGCGAGGUGCUGGUAUCCGUGAAUCCAUACAAAACCCUGGACAUCUACAACAUGCAACACAUGGCACAGUACCGAGGUCGGGAGAUGUUCGAGGUGCCACCUCAUGUGUACGCGGUGGCAGACGCCUGCCAAAGGGUGCUGAGGCAACAGGGCAGAGACACAUGCGUCCUCAUAUCAGGGGAGUCAGGUUCGGGAAAAACGGAGGCGUCCAAAUUCAUCAUGAAAUAUAUUGCGGCGAACACUACACAACUACAAAGGGAAUAUAUUGAUAGGGUGAAAAACGUGCUAAUACAAUCAAACUCGAUCCUGGAGACGUUCGGCAACGCUAAAACUAACCGCAACGACAACUCGUCGCGGUUCGGCAAGUACAUGGACAUCCACUUCGACUACAAGGGCGACCCGGUGGGCGGACACAUCAGCAACUACCUACUCGAGAAGAGCAGGGUCGUGGGUCUGCAGCCGGGCGAGAGGAACUUCCACGCCUUCUACCAGUUGCUGAGCACAAACAACGCGUACACGAAAAAGUACGGUCUCGCAUCGAGCGCGGUGUACAAGAUAUUAGGCAGCGAGCGAGCCACAGCGCAAGACUCCAAGCUGUAUUCCCUCACAAACAGUGCUUUCACUGCCUUGGGAUUCCAACAAAGCGUGCUCGACGAUAUAUGGAGUAUAGUGGCCGGAGUCAUACUGUUGGGUGAGCUAGAUAUCACGGAGACACCCGAGGGUGAGGUGGAAGUGCGAGGUUCCGUCUCCCCCUGCGCGUCUGCGCUGGGCGUGACCGUGGAACAGUUGCGCACUGCUAUGGGCGGGCGCGUGCUGGCGGCGGGCGGGGAACUGGUCAGCAAGCGGCACUCCUUGUCCGAUGCCAACUAUACGAGGCUGGCGCUGGCUAAGGCCGCCUAUGAUAGGCUGUUCACGUGGAUAGUGGCUCAGAUCAACAAAGCCAUAGAAGUGCCCCGUGACACAUACAAGAACACAUUGAUCGGUGUUCUAGACAUAUACGGCUUCGAAAUAUUCGACACGAACAGCUUCGAGCAGUUCUGCAUCAACUACUGUAACGAGAAGCUGCAGCAGCUGUUUAUCGAGUUGGUGUUAAAGCAGGAGCAGGAAGAAUACGCUCGCGAAGGCAUCCAAUGGACACCCGUGCAGUACUUCAAUAACCGCGUCAUCUGCGAGCUCGUCGACGCGCCGCACGCCGGCAUCAUCGCCAUCAUGGACGAGGCCGCGCUCAACCCCACCAAGAUUUCAGACAAACAGUUAUUGGAAGCCAUGGACAAACGUCUCAACGGCCACAAACACUACACUUCAAGACAACUCUCGCCAACAGACAAAAAACUCAAGCACGGCGUGGACUUCCGCAUCACGCACUACGCUGGCGACGUGACAUACGCGAUCACAGGCUUCAUGGACAAGAACAAGGACUCCCUGUGGCAAGAUCUCAAGAGACUACUACACUCGUCCAGCAACCGGUCGCUGGCAGACAUGUGGCCGGAAGGCGGCGAUAACAUACAGAAGACGUCAAAGCGGCCGCCGUCGGCAGCGACAUUGUUCCGCAGCUCUAUGGCGGCGCUGGUGACGGGGCUGCAGAGCAAGGAGCCCUUCUACGUGCGUUGCAUCAAGCCCAACCCCCAUCAAGCGCCCAACACCUGGGAUCCCACGCUGGUGAAGCACCAAGUAGCUUACCUAGGCUUAGUGGAGAAUGUUCGAGUUCGUCGUGCCGGGUUCGCGUGCCGCGUGAGGUACGACCGCUUCCUCAAGCGGUACAAGAUGCUGUCGCAAUAUACGUGGCCUAACUUCCGCGCUGGGACCGACAGAGAUGCGGCCCUUGUAUUGGCUAGAGACCUGAGAUUACAAGACAUACAUUAUGGACACACUAAGCUGUUCAUCAGGUCGGCGAAGACGCUGCACAGUUUGGAAGCGGCUCGCGCUGAACUCAUCCCGUCCAUAGUGAUCUUACUGCAGAAGCUGUGGCGAGGGACCAUCGCCCGCAUGAGAUAUAGGAAGAUGAAGGCGGCUCUCACCAUAUACAACGCCUGGAAACGCUAUCGCUACCGUCGUUACAUCGCGGAACUCCAAGCGGAAUUGGAUCGCAAUCGCGGUCUGAUCCGAACAUGGCCGCCCGCGCCGCGACGAGUGCCCGCCGCAUUAUUACACGCGGCAUAUCGUCGCUGGCGAGCAUAUUUGGUACUGAAGCCUGUGCCGAGGGCACAAUGGCCUCAGUUGCGUAUGAAGAUAUGCGCGGCCAGUGCAUUGAAGGGCAGAAGAAAGGACUGGGGCGCAGCUGCUGUCUGGUUGGGCGACUAUCUGGCCGAUGAUAACUACAACCCCAAAUCUGCUCUAUACAAGUCUGCGAUGGUGACCCUCCAGAAGUCGCAGCAGAUCGGCAAGCCUCUGUUCUCGUGCCGCGUGUACAAGUUCAACCGGCACAACAAGAUGGCGGAACGUUGUUUACUCGUCACCGACUCGCUUGUAUGCAAGCUGGACGCCAACACCUUCAAACCGUUGAAGAAACCCACGCCAAUCGCUGAGAUCGGUGCAGUCCGCGUGAUGAGCAACGACGCCCAACUAGUGGUGAUCAGCGUGCCCGCCGCCAACAACGACCUGGUGCUGGGGCUGCGGCCCCCGGCCCCGCCCCGGGACCUCUGCGGGGAACUGGUGGCUGCGCUGGCUCUGAGGCACCGCGCGUUAAAAGGCGUAGACCUCCUGGUAGAAGUGGAAAGUGGAGCUACCACCAGAUGCACUCUAGGCGGCAGACGUCGCGCCCUACAGCUUCCCUCCUCCCCCUCCACCCCAACCCCCGGGCCAGGCCCCGAGCCAGCCUUCACACACGCCAGCAACGUCAUCAUUUACCACCCGGCUUCUGCGAGGGCGUAACGUGCCCCCCUAUACCCCCUUAUUAAUAAAAUAAACAAGGAAUAAACUUAGACUAGUUACGCCGUGUUUUGUUCAUGUCAUUCAAUAGACGGAGACAAUACAUAAAGUAACUAAUCCAAGCGUAGUCUUCAUUUCUAAAUAUUGGGGAUACAGUGUAAUGUUCCCUGAACGAUAUAUAAAAUAAGAAAAGGAUCGGAUUAAAAAGAAAUGUUGUCGUGAAUGCGAGCACUGCGUGAGAUUAAAUAGUUAUUCUAAGUGCAAAAAAUGAUUUUCGAAGUGAAACUUCUUUUAAUACGGGGUGUAAAUGGAGAAAUCCUAUAGAAAAGAUGAAACGGAAAUGCGUCAUGAGCCUCACACGACUAUAUCUAUGUGUAUGUGUGUGUGUGGAAUGCGUGCGCAGCUAUUCCCGACGAGUAACUCGGCGAAGGCUGAAACGCUACGAGCGGCACACGUGACAAUAUAUUUAUUUACUAGUGGCCACCCUCGCUUCGCUUCGGGGUAGAAUUAAUCAAAAUCCUUUCUUUGCGGAUGCCUACGUCAUAAAACCUACCUGCAUGCCAAAUUUCAGCCCGAUCCGUCCAGUGGUUAGGGCUGUGCGUUGAUAGAUCACUAUGUCAGUCGGUCACCUUUGAGUUUUAUAUAUAUAGAUUUAUUUAUGAUCAGACUACAAAGGCCCAUAUAUAAAUACCUAAUACUCUAACAUAUAUACAGAUAUAAAACAUUGUCUUAAUAAAUAAAAUUAGUAACUAUGAUAGUAAACACCUAAUUAAAACGUAUAGACGGCGACAUGUGGCGUAUAUUAGAUAACCGACGAAAUUGAGGCAAAGGUGUCGAUUCUGGAACGAUUCUCUAAAUCUAAACUUAAAUUUGACAACAGUGUAUCCUUGUCAUUCUCUAUACAGAAUGAAAGGGAGAGACUGAUGUUAAAUUUAGUUUUAAGUUUAGAGAAUCACGCCAGAAUCUAUACCACUACAUAUAUAUGUGUCAUGCGUGCGCUGCUCCAUUCCCCUAUGCCUUAUGCACCGCCUUAUGGUAGGUUUUUCAAGAAAAGAAGUUAUACUUCAGAUGUGUGGUCCGUGCACACUAUUUUUUUUUAAUAACUCAAUUGGAUUUUUCAGUGGGUAUAUACAAAAAGUUUUCAAUUAUACGUACAGUUCUAACUUUUGCCAUAUUUCUAUCACAAAGGAUUGCUUAGGAUAAAUGGCAAUAAUAUCCACUAUUACUUAAAGUUAAAGUUAGAAAAAAUACUUAUAAUACACUACAAAACAAACCGACCCACCUCACGCAGUUAAUAAGUUAAUAGUCCUUUUGAAUAACCAAUCAUAGGGAAUAUUCAUUAACUUCAAUAUUAGAAAAAAAUUAUGAGCUUUUGCAGAAUGAGAACUUUCCAAACAAACGUAUUGGAAAUCAUUCAAUACGUAUAAAAAAUAAACAUUGGGAAAGAAGCGGAAUAUAAAAUCAGAGUAAUUUUAAAAGUCUUAUUGAUUUAAAAACACGAUCGCCUAUUCUACAGUGAUAAUAGUGCCUUUCACAUACGUUAUGUUGAUUGGCUUAUAAAAAUACUUAGAGUUAGAAAAAGCAUGCUGUACUCUUCAGAUUUUUAAAGAGCGACAGAGAUAUCUAUUAUUUACUUUAGAAUUCAUGUGAAUAACACCAAUAAUAAUUAACGCAUUUUAAAAAUAAUACUAAUGUAAGAAUGAGGUAGAGUCUGUGCGGAAAGAGAAUGGGCGUGGCGAAAACAGGAACUAACAUUAAGAUUUUUAUAUGGCAAUCAAACCCAGCAAUCUGUAAAACAUCAAAGUUUUGUAUUGAUACGGAUUUGUUUGUUGUUGUCAUUUCUUGCGGUUUUUUAUAUUUAAUCAUGUCUAAAAGGGGUAAAACCUUACAAAUACGGUAGAAAAGCACUACAGCGCCCUCCAAUCUAAAUCCCAUUCUCUUUCCGUACAGACUCUAGCAGCAAACAUCUUGAGCUAUACCACAGACCAAUAAACUUGCGCAUUAGACGUUUUUAUAUGUGAAUAUGCUCCUGCGCAGGCUUCCUUCUCUAUGGUCGUUUCUCAAGAAGUUAGCAAGGGUGUAUAAUUAUUCUUUACAUUUAAAAAUAUAACAUUUUUGUGUAAUAACUUUUAACUGGCGAUUUUAUUUGUUAUUGUGAUUACAAGCAUACUUAUUAGUGGUAACUUAUUUGAUAGCGAUCACGUUAAUCGCAUUGUGUAAUAAUUAAUUAGGUUAAAUUGUUAAUUCAUUGUUAAGAAUUCCUUUGCGGUUUGUAUGGUGCUAACCGUAUAAGUUUGCAGCCUGUGCUGAUUGAUGGCUGUUCAAAUCUUGUUGUCUAAUAAUUUGAUACCAAUCAAUGAAUUAAUGUGCAUUAAAUACGUAUUUCAAGCUUGAGGAAGGAAAAAUUACCAUAAACACAAAUAGGCACACUAUUUGUGUUUAUGGUAAUUUUCGAUUGAAACAGUUGAUUCAUGACCCAUGUGCUGGAAACUUCGCUAAAAAAUUUCAAAACAAACAAGUCUUUCUUUCUAGAGAAAGCGUUAUUGUGUCACAGGAAGGCGGCAAAAUCUGUCACGUCAAAUAUGAUUGAUUAGAAAAUAACAAGUUUGUUUCCAGGGACACGUAAGUUUAAGCAAAAAUCUACCUUAUUGCCUUGAAAUGGUUGUAGCAAAAUCAGUGGGUUAGGAAUCAAAUUGGCUGAUUGUACUUACAUAGGUGGACUCAGAUAUAAUAUUAUAAUUAUAACGUCUUUAUUACGUAACAAUAAGAACGAUAUUCGUAGAGCAAGCGUAUCCAUUGACGUUGUCGUGACCGUAUGAGAAUUUGGUUGGAACAAUUUGCAUCGAAUUAAUUAUCUCGACAUGGUUUGUGAGGCCGAGCACUUCUAUGAAGUUUCCAUUUUCAAGAUUGCAUUAGUUGUUGUAAAACAAAUUGACAUUAUCGGAAAAUAUUUAAAUUAGUACGUCCACCGUUCACACAACGGGCAAUAUACAAAUCAUGAUAUACAGCCUGGUGAUUCACGACGGACGGAGUCUUAGUAAUAGGGUCCCGUUUCUACCCUUUGGGUACGGAACCCUAAAUAUGAUGUGCUGUGAACUUAUAUUGUUUUAGUGUUGUACAUAAAGGAUUUUUGUUAAUUUUCUUACGAUAUAAUUAUGAGAUUUUAUUUUUUUAUGCUAAUUCCUAAUGCGGCGGAGCCGUUUUGCGUGAAUUUAUAACGCAAUAAUUUUGGUAAAUAAUAAUAAUAAACAAUAUUGAAUUGUGUUAUUUAAAUUAAUAAAAUAUUUAAAUGAAUUUAAUAAUUUUACAUUAGUAAUUUAAUAAUAAAUCGAUACCGUUUUACUGGGUAGUAAAAUUGUUGAAAAAUAAUUUAUGUUUUUAAUGGUUUAAACAUACAACGGAAAUAUCGCACAACUUAAUUAAAAUACGUCUGCGUAUCCGAUCACUUUAUCAAAAAGAAAGCAUGUUUGUAUUCAUCCAAGUGAAAUAUUAUAGUGAUAUCUUUUCCAUGAUAUCAAAAUGGACUUAAUUUGCAAAGGACCUCUGAAAUUAAUUUCUUUAUUAAAAUAUCAUAAUAAUAGAAAGAUUAAAUACUGUCUGUAUGAUUUUCAUUGUUUUUUUUUGUUUUAUGUUUUUGUUCCUAUAACAGGAGGCAAAGGCAAAACUUCACACAGCCAAAUUUUCAGUAUUUUGUAUUUUACUCUGUGAACCACAGACCUGAAAUAUACCAAUGCUUGUGUGGAAUAUUUCGUACUAGAUAAAUAUGAAUUCUGCCUAUUCGUGAAGUAUUUUUAUACGUAAUAAUUAAUUAUACAUUUAAUAUGUAGGUAUAUGCUUAUGUUUCUUUAAACAAGUUUUCAUAACAUCCAUUUUACAUCACAAUAUCACUAGACGAACAAAAAUAAGUUUCUAUAUAUUAUUAUGAAUUGAAUUUUAGUGUGUCAUUGCAAUUGAGUCCACAUAUUUAAUUACAUAUUGUGAUUUACAUCGUACAAAUCUAUAAAUGAUUGCGUUAUGGUUAAUUUAUUGUAUAAUGUUAGGUCAGUAUUAUGUAAGUAUCGUUUCGACAACGAAAUAAUUAUAUUUGUAAACGUAGGCGGGUAAAAAUCGCUGUAAAUAGUAAUAUUUACAACGAUUUUUACCAUUUUAUUUAAAUACCUGCAGUAUCCACGGCUGGAACGUAGGCAAUUUGAAAGUAAUUUGUAAUAGAGAAGUAUUCGAAGAUGUUUUUUUUUGGAAAACAGUUGAAGAGUUGGCGAACAAAAAGGUAUAAUUACAUAAAAUUUAAUUUUACUGGAGCUGAAUAAAACUGAAUGACGUACCUUCAUCAUCAUCAUCAUGAUCAGACUACUAAUGACCCACUGCUGGGGCACAGGUCUUCCCUAUAGAUGGUAUAAGGACCACGCGGGCCCAGUGUGGAUUGGCGGGUGCAACACGGAGGAACUCGAGAUAGAAGAUUUUUGGUCACCCAUCCAAUGACCGACCACUGCGAAAGUUGCUUAACUUCAACGAUCGCAGCCGAACGCGCUAACCACCUGCGCCAUCGCGCUCCUCGACAGACAUACCAUACCUAUAUUGAGCUUUUGGAAUGGUUUUUUUAUUUAUAAAUUAACACAUAAAUUAAAAUGUUUAACACUGUUUUAGACGUUUUUGAUUGAAAAUUAUUUGAGAUUCAAAUUCAACUAGUCCAAAAUCUCCGGACUGUAAAAAAAAGCUAGUUUGACCAGAUGCGAAAUUAUACCGUUUUGUUUGCCAGCUCCUCGGUCAUGAAAAUAAAAUGGGUUAAACUAUUAAAGCAAAUAUGCUACCGUAACAUAACAGGUUAUUUAAAGCGCUUCUUUGUAUUUUAGUAGGUAUAUAGUACGAUGUUCUAUAAAAGUUUACAUUUUAACAGAAACCAACCUUCGCUGAUGUUUAUUAAGGUUCUAUUUACAUUAAUAUAUACGAUUAUAUUUCAAUAUGAAUUCCCACCCGUACGAGUAAAAACUCAUUAAAUGAACAUUUCAGUUUUCAUACUUUCAGUAAAAGUGCUUAUUGAAACGGUGAUAAUAUUAAUUUUACAAAAAAUAAUUUAUUUAAUUUUUAAUAAACGCAGGAUUUAUUUUUGUGUAAGUUAUCUACUUUCUAAAUAACACUUGUCGGUUUUAAUAAGUUGGCUAUGAGGAAUAAUAGUGAAUUGGUUAUGCGAGUCGAAAUUCUAGUCAUGAACAAUUGAAUUGUAAAUUGUUCUGAAUGAAAACUUUUUAACAGAACAUGAUGAAAAUAGUUAACUUUGACUUUGUAUGAAUAAAAAAUAGAACAAAUAACCAAUUGUCCUCCCCAUUGUUACUGUAAAUGAUAAAGUAGAUGUGAUUUUAACGGUCGUGCCUUGCUGCGGUGCCAUGAGACUUGUAAACUAUUGAUUAAAAUAUUUUUUCAUUAUAU